AGAGAUCGAGUAAAUCAAGAGAGGUCCAGCUGCGAAGGGUCAGGGGUCAGAGGAUUUGGGUUUAUCGUGGGUCAGAGGUCAGGAGAGUGUGGGACAGUGCCACUCUGAGACAGGGAGACCCAGUCAAGUUUGUCUGUGCCCGGGCCAGUGCGAGAUGGAGGCUCUGAAAUGGCAGCAGAUAUGGGAUCCUGCUGUGCUGCUCCCCUGCUGAUUCUGCCAUGCUGUUACCCCCACCCUCUGUGCUCCAGGCUAUGUGGUUCAGCCGUCUCCCUAACAUCCUGCUGGCAGUGGUGUGGACCCUCACCGUCUACCCCCCAGCCGCAGCGCCCAGGCAGCAGCACCCAGCGGCCGUGCAGUCAGUGACAGGCCGGGAGGGGGACAUGGUGACCCUCAGCUGUGAGUUCUCCCUCAGUGAAGACCAUCGGACAACCCAGGUCAUUGAGUGGCUCCACAAAGGCCUGGUGCUGCCCAUCUACAUCAGGUUCGGGGUCCACCCUCCGCGGAUCGAUGCAGCUUACCUGGGUCGACUGAGUCUAGUGGACGGGGCAUCGCUGCGCAUGGAACGCCUACGCACCCAGGAUGAAGGGUGGUAUCGUUGUCGGAUCCUGUUCCUCACACAUCCCUAUGAUUCCCAGAACGGCACAUGGAUCUAUCUCUCGGUCAGCACCCCACCCAGCUUCAGACUGACCCCACCGGCCGUGGUGGAAAUUCGACUGGGGGAGCCGGCGCGCCUGUCCUGCGAAGCAAGGGGUCGCCCCCAGCCCGUGAUCAGCUGGUCCAAGGAUGGGGUGGCGCUCCCCUCACCCCCGGCUGGGCAACGAUACCAGGUGGUGAACGGGAGCGUGGUGAUGCCGGCGGUGGGACGCGGUGCUGCUGGUGUGUACACGUGCCGUGCCAGGAACGCUGAGGGCACCAUCGCUCAUAGCAGCACACUCCUCGUCAUGGCUCCACCAGUGAUUGUCCGGGCGCCCACUGACCUGACGGUGAACUACACCCAAGACGCCCUCUUCUCGUGCCACGCAGAGGCGUACCCAGGCAACCUCAGCUACUCCUGGUACAAGGACAGCGUCAAUGUCCAUCACGACAGCACGCUGCGUGAUCGGGUGUCUGUCCUGACCGAUGGAAGCCUGUUGGUGAGAAACACUGUCCCCGAGGACUCUGGCCGUUACACCUGUGUCCCCUCCAAUGGACUGGAUCCUCCCUCCGAAGCCACAGCCUCCCUGCACAUCCUCCACCCGGCCUACACCAGGGCGAUGCCGAGCCUGACCAUUCUGCCCGUAGGAAUGCGAGGACAGAUCCCGUGUCCCUGGGUCGCAAACCCUCCCCUUCUCUACAUCAACUGGACAAGGAACAGAGCAGCACUGGAUGUGGAAAAGGUUCCUGGCUGGUACCUGGACAGUGUUGGAACGAUAGUGAUUGCAAUGGGGAAUGAUGAUGUGCUCGGGGAAUAUAGGUGUACCCCCUACAACAGCUACGGCACCCUGGGGGAGUCAGGCCCCACCCGCCUGAUUUUAAAGGACCCGCCCAGGUUUCUCUCAAAGCCUGGCCCUCAGUACCAGCGGGAGGUGGGCCAGGAACUCAGCAUCAACUGCACAGCCACAGGGCAGCCUGAGGCCAGGAUUAACUGGAGCAAGGAGGGGGACACCCGCCCCAGACAGUUCCAGGUCCUUGAGGAUGGGACGCUGUUCUUCCGGAGCGUCAGGAAGGAACACCACGGAACGUGGGUGUGCAAGGCGCGGGACAACCUGACGGAGAUCAGCACCAGCACCACGGUGUGGGUGACAGGAACCAGCCCCCACGCUGUCACCAACCUGACGGUGAGGCCGGAUGUGUUUGCAGUCAAUGUCUCCUGGGAGCCUGGCUUCGAUGGUGGCCACCCACAACAGUUCACCGUCUGGUUCAGGCAGAUGUCCCAUGGGCCCCAAGACUGGAUUAUCCGCAUGGUCCCAGACGGAGACCAUCGCUUGAGUGUGGAUCAUCUGUGGCCUAACACCAGCUAUCAGUUCAGUGUCCUAGCCCAGAGCGAUCGCGGGAGCGGGCCCUUCACUCAGAUCAUCAACACCCAUACCCUCUGUGUUCCCACGGCGACGGCGAGCCCCCGGCGACCCCCGGCACCGAGCGAGGGGGCCCGUCCCCUGCUGCCCCCCAGCGACCUGGCGGCCAAUCGGACAUCGGGGGGGAUCGUGCUCCGCUGGGCCCCACCCCCGCCCCCCUCCCGCCUCCCCCUGGCCUACGUGCUGGAGUUCCGGGGGGUCCCAGGGGCCUGGGGGGUGCUGCACAGUGCGAUCCCAGCCCAGCAGGACCGGCUCCUGCUGACCGGACUCGUCAAGGAUGUUUCCUAUCAGUUCCGGAUGGUUUCACGGAGCGGGGAGCUGGUCAGUGAGCCGAGUGAUAUUGUUAAUGUCUCAACCUCAGGAAUGUCGAGCUAUCCCUCGGGGGAGACAGUGUGGGAGCCCUUCACCCACUCUGUCCGGGCUGGCAUCAUCGCUGGGGUCUGCUUCCUCACAACAGCCUUGAUCAUCAGCAUCCUGGUCUCGCACAUCAUGAGGAUGAGGAGAGAGAGCCGGCUGCAAAAUGUGCCCAUUGUUUUCAGUCACUAUCAGAAGACUCCAAAUAUCGAACGCUCCGAUAGCCCGGACAGCCUGUUGAAACUCAAGUUGGAGAGCCCCGUUUAUGAGACGUUUGAACGUGUCACUGUGCCCCCUGGGAAGACCGGGCGAGGGAAGGCUGCACAGUACGAGACCCACCUGGGCGGCCUGGAGUCUAUCCAGCGGGGUGCGGACGGACGCUUUGUGGUGGGCCCGGAGCCUGAGAUCAGUCUGAACCCCACUCCCCCCUGCCCAGGGCCCUGCCCCCAAGCCCAGCAGGUACAUGCCAGGCCCCCGCUGCGACCCAAGGCCCGUGGCCAGGCCAGGGCCCGUCCUCGGGCCUGCUACUUCGCCAUGGGCACCAGCAGCCCCGCUGACGAGUCGCAGCCUCCCCCCAGCCCCGGCAUCAGUCCCAUCGGCCCCGGGAGCCGCCCGGCCGGGCCCCAGCAGGCUCCCCCUCCUCCCGAUGCCCCGGCCCCCGGGACCGGCCGCGGCAGCCUGUUCGAGCUAGGCCCCGUCGCCGUCGGCGACCGAGGCCCGGGCCGCAGCUCCCCCCUCCUGGGCCCCUCCUCCAGGCCCGGGCACCCCCAGCGAGUCUGCAUCCAGGCUUCGGGGAGCCGGACACUACUCCGCGAACCCUCGAUGAGCCUCUGCCCCUUGGCAGUACCUUCAGAAACCACGGGCAGUUCCCUUGCCCCCAACAGCAGCGGCUACCACAGCGGAGAGGCAUCCUGGCUGCUCAGAGAAGACAGUAGCCGCAACAAGAGGGGCGUCCCGGCUGAGGGGAGGUCUGAUUUGGACGCGGGCCUGGCGAUGAGCUCGGAGAUCCUCGACGCCCUGAGGGUGUAUCAGAGGGCAAGGCGCCCACACUCCAGCAUCGUGCUCCAUGACCUCACCCUGACAGAGUCACUCACCUCGGUGUCCCAGCAGGAACAGGGCCAGGGCCCAGCAGCCAGCUCCAAGCCUGCCCCCAAGAUGCCAACUCCUACUCGCAGCCAUGUCUCUCCCUGCACUGACCCACCUUCACCUCCACCCAGCAAAUCGGGGUUAACGGUGCCACUAACAACCGCUGAAGUUGGGAACAAACUUCAUAUCGAAUCCACUGAGUCCGAGGAAUCGAAGCCCCUCUUUCUUCGAGGUGUUGAUUGUGGAAAUUCCUCGAUGGUCUUCGUCUCUGCCUCUGGGGUCAACCUUCCGUGA